GUAUCGUAACUCUAGCUGGGGCCAAUUAACAAGAACGUGAGCACCCAAGACACAGCCUAGCCUACUUUUGACGACUCCCCGGCGAAGAUCUCGAGGGACUUGGCAUUCUGUUGCCAUAGAGACAAUGAACUACUCUGCAGUCUUCACAAAGUCAGUCCGACGCUGAGCUUUGCAACAAUGUUGCAUUUAAACUUUAUUAUCGGGAAACGUGGACAUAGUGUCCAUAUGCCUAGCCUACCGGUAAUUUAAAGUGGUAUCAAAACUCAUUUCGUCUAACAGAAAGAAGAAGCAACAACAAUUGUAGGCUACUGCUUUCAACUGAAGCAUUGGUCAGUGAUGAUGGCGAGUCCAGUGGCAAGAGGUCGCUUGGAGGAGCUGCAGGUCUACCGGUUGCUACAGUGUGUCCACGAGGACAACAAACUACAAAUAGAGAAAUUAAUCACCCGCGGCGUGGACAACCUCCUCAACCUCACCGAACCUCGCCAGGGCAAAGGAGCUAUGCACAUAGCAGCCGUGGCUAACAACACAGACAUGCUGGACUUCCUGCUGUCCCACGGAGCAAGUCCAAAUGUUCAGGACAAGAGUGGGAAAACACCUGUCAUGCUAGCCGCGGAGUUAGGGCAUGAUGGUGCAGUAGCGCUGCUGGUGAAGCACAAGGCUAACGUGAGCCUGCUGGACAAGGAUGGGAAAGGGGUCCUCUUCUAUUGCAUCUACCCCACCAAGCGCCACAUGCGCUGCAUGCACGCGGUGCUGAAGGCUCUGUCUGACAUCAACAAUGUGUCCCUGACUGGCCAGCACGUCCUGCACCUCGCCUGCGCACAGGCUGACAGCUGCCUACCCAUGUGCCUACUCCUGCUGGAGAGAGGCGCUCACCCUGAUGCCAGGGAUGAGGCCACGGGGCGCACUGCUCUGAUGGAGGCGGCCAGGGUGGGCAGCGUGGAGCUGGUGCGGAGCAUCCUCAGAGGGGGCGCCGACCCCAACGCGCUCGACAAGACCAACCUCCACGCUGCCCACUUUGCAGCGGAAGGCGGGUUCUUUGAGGUUAUUCAGGUGCUCUGUGCGUAUGGGGCAGACGUGGGAGCAGUGACCAAAGCAGGAGAAACUCCUCUGCACUACGCAGCACGCGGUGGGCACGCCGAGUGCUGCCGCUUUCUCGCUCAGAGAGGCUGCAAUCCCAAAUUAAAAAAUGAAGAAGGCCUUCUGGCUCGGCAGAUUGCCAAGGACAAUGGCCACAAAGCUGCGGUGAAGGAGCUGAAGAAAGCAGAGAGGCUGCACGGGAAGUUCUCUCGACCUGGCGUGCCCAAUCCCAACGAGACCUGGGCCCUGGCGCUCUACGACUGGUCCCAGGAGCAUGAGGUCACCCUGAGGAAAGCCUUCGACGAGUCGGGGGACUGCAUCAAGGAGACGGUCUCCACGGAGACGUUCGAGGCGGUCCUGCAGGAUCUCAAGGCCCCCGUGGAAGAGUAUCAGCUCCACAAGGUGAUCCUCGCCCAUGACCGCAGGCGCGAGGGCGUCAUCAACAUCAACGACUUCUUCAAGGGCCUCAAGUAUCUGCAGAAGGCCGUCGUCAUGGCCUCCUAUGGGCCCAAGAAGAAGAAGAAGGGGGGGAAAGGAGGCAAAAAGGGCAAGAAGGCCAAAUUCACCCUCCCCUUUCCCAUCUGCACCAUCCCCCCUGAGCUCAUCUACCGGAGGGCCGAUGGUGGUCCUCCGACCUUCAUGGUGGAGGCGUACCACCACCACACAGACCCCAACCGGUUUAGCCGCGACCACCCACCCAAGCACCCCAUCGAGGACGACUCGGCCUGGUACGUGGACGAGCCGGAGAAGAUCUACGUCAACGUGACCUACUGCGCCAAGACGGGCGACCUGGAGUCGCUUCAGCUGGCCUUCCGGGAGGGCGUUCCUGUGGACGUGAAGGACCGCUUCUACAAGACGCCACUCAUGACGGCCUGUGCUUAUGGAAACUACGAGGUGGCCCAGUUCCUGAUCAACCUGGGGGCUGAUGUGAAUGCCAAGGACCAGUUCAGCUGGACGCCACUGCACCACGCCUGCCAUGCCGGCCAGCUGAACAUCACGGAGCUGCUGGUGGAGUCGGGCUCCCAGGUGGACACGCCUGCUCUGAGCGGAGCCACGCCCCUCAUGAGGGCCAUCGAGAGCUGCAGGCCGGCGUGCGUGGAGUACCUCAUCAAGGCCGGCGCCAAGGUGAACGCCAAGAACAAGAAAGAGCAGAACUGCUUGGACAUCGCCUGGGCCUAUGCAGACCUGAGGGUGGUGGACUUGGUCAAGGCCAAGAUGGAUACCCUGCCCAAGCCAAAGGAGAACAAGAGAGGGAAAGCAGCCAAGCCGCAGCCUAAACCCAGGCCAGCCACCACCUCAGCCAAGGAGAAGCUGAGCCAAGUUGCCCCCAGUAGCACAUCAAUGCCACCUGCAGACAGCUCCUUGACCCAGAAGGCUGCGGCAGAGAAGAGCAAAGAUGACAAAGAGACUGUGAUCAUGUACAACACCCGGCUGAACAACGGCACUCUCAGACCUGUGGACAUCAGCUUUAGACCCCGGACGGUGUGGAGUAACCUGCUGACCACCAGCGAUUUGAUCCAGCGUCGGGAGAGGAGGCGCGAACGGCUCAGCCACGAGGUGGACUUUGACGACUUCCUCAUGCCCUUCAGCCAGAACCUGCGGAGGAAGGUGGCCCAGACCCAGGAGGGUUCUGCCUGAAGAGAGACCCAGAGAGGGCCAAAGGCCUUGGUGGACAUGCCCCUCCAUGACUCUGGCCUGGCCAGAUGAGUUGACCAUGAUUUGUGUUUACUUGAAAGGGCGGGUAAGAUGUUGUAAUAGGUUCAUCACCUCUCUUCUAAUGCCACAAUGAAUUGUAUAAAUGACAUUAACGAAUGCAAUGGUUGGAGGCGGAGCACAGUGUAUAGUGAAAUGGAGUACACUACAGUGAUUCUGAUUUUGUGCUACCUUUGAUUAAAGGCUGAUUAGUCCUCGUAAAUAGUAUUAUUUGAUCCAUGGCAAGAUAAACAAUUUUUGUUAAUGAUGUUUUGUAAUUUACAGAACCAUUAAA